AUGGCAUCUGAAAAUGGCGAUAAAUCAGGCAGCAAUCAGCAAAGUGGACUGGAUUAUCAGCGUGGGGCAUCCGGUAUCGCUCAGAUGAUACAACAACAAGCUUUGUGCAGUACUGACCAGCUAAAUUGCCUCAAACUGAGGACCACUGCUGAUUAUCGUACUAGUAGCGGCAAUGCUGAUGAUGGCAGUGACGGACGUAUCAGCAUCAUUUUACCGGGACCGAAGCCAAAGUACAGUGAUGAAGAAAUCCAACAACGAGCUGCAGCUUUGUGCCGCGCACUGGUGACAAAAAUUGCACAGAGUUUCGCCAACAUUUUGCAAUAUUUGCAUGAGAACGAAUUUCUACAGCGUCUUCGCAACGCACCGGAUAGCAGCUAUGCACAAAGUAGUAAUCAGCAAAGUGGACUAGGUUAUCAGCGUGGAGCUUCCAUUACUGCUCAGAUGGUACAACAACAAGCUGUAUGCAGCACUGACCAGCUAAAUAGCUUCGAGCUGCAGGCCACUGCUUAUAAUCAUAUUGAUAGCGGUAACGCUGAUGAUAUCGGUGUCAAACGUAACAUUGUUUUACCGGGACCAAAGCCGAAAUAUAGUGACGAAGAAAUCCAUCAGCGAGCUGCAGCCAUGUGCCGUGCACUGGUCACAAAAAUUGCACAGGUUUCUGAAUUUUUCGACUACAUUUUCCUUCUAGAAAAUGCAAGAGAAGGCAAAAGUAUUGACAAAGAAAGCGUGGCUUAA